AUGAAUUUCGAGAUACAAGGCAAAAAACAUCUAGAUGAAGCUGCAAAACAAGAAAGCGAAGAAAAUAUAACGAACAGUCAGCCUAGCGCGAGUGCAAGCGACACUCAUAACGAAAAUAAUAGCGACCAAAAUGAAAACGACAAUGUUAAUUUAGAGCAAGUUUUGCCAGACAACGCCCUGCCUGUCUCAAAUGAUGUCUCGACCGGAAGUCAAGCUGUCGCGACGGGGGGAGAGGUACCCACUGAAAACAGCGCGUGCGGAUUUAAGAUGGAAAAACCAAAAUUACCUAAAUUUUCGGGAGAUGUACGUAAUCGAGUACGCGAUAUUUAAAUCCGAUUUUAAGCACGCUAUUGAACCAAGGUACUCUAAACGUGAUGCUGUAACACUUUUACGAACAUGUUUAAACGGAAGACCACUUGAACUAAUUAAGGGCAUUGGAACAAAUUACGACGCAGCUUGGGAAUACUUGGACUCGAUUUACGGUGAUCAAGUUUAGAGCAUUAAAUUGUAGUCAAGACAUAGAUAGUCAAGUUUAGAGCAUUAAAUAGUGACGAAGAUGCCCGAUUUUGUGAACUUGUACGCUUGGUAAAGAGAAGUUAUAACACUUUAAAGGAAGUUGGUUUGCCAAAUGAUAUGGAUAACAGCCAUAUGUUAUCGAUCAUUGAAAAAAAGAUGUGCGCUGACGAUAGAAAAGUUUGGUCACGUGAUCUCGAGAAAGACAAGAAAACAGCAUCGUUACAUGGCUUAAUGACAUGGAUGAAUGUCGAGAUGAAGUUCAGAAUGAGAGCGUCUGCACCGUUGAGAACAACUAACAAACAUUCAAUCAAUCAUUUAAAGCAAUUCCAAGGAGGCGAAGACCAAUUCUCAAACCACCGAUGUUGGCUUUGUAAAACAUCAUCCCAUUGGGUGGAUCAAUGUGUCGUAUCGUAA